AUGGCCCUGGCCGAGCUACAGGCACAGGCCCGCUGCCCGCUGUGCCAGGGGCCCCUGCGUGCGCCCCUGACCCUGGACUGCGGCCACAACUGCUGCGGCUCGUGCCUCCGGCUUCGCUGGCAGCACCUGCGGGAGCCUCUGCCCUGCCCCGUGUGUCAGCAGCGCUGUCCCCGCAAGCUGCGCGGGCCAAACAUGCAGCUGGCGCUGCUGGACGACCUGGUCAGCCAACUGCCUGGCUCAAGGCCAGAGGGACACGCGCCGGAGGCCCCAGGCCACUGUGCCGAGCACCAGCAGGCCCUGAGCCUCUUCUGCGACGACCACCUGGAGCUGCUGUGUGGUCAGUGCGCCGCCUCCGCUGCCCACCGCGGCCACCGCCUCACGCCCAUCGGCCCCGCGGCUGCUCAUCACAGGACCAAGCUCAAGUGCUACCUGGAGCCUCUGCGCAAGCAGCUGCAGGAGGCACAAGGGGACCUAGAAAAGCUAGUCUCAAAGAGACAGAAAUUGAAAGAGAAGUUGGUGAAUCAAAGGAGUGACUUAUACUUUGAGUCCGAACACUUAAAAUGUCACUUGAAAAAUGAACAGGAAGCCAUGGAAUCAAACGCACACGAGGAAAUGGAGCUGAUUACACGCUCUCUCAUGAGUUUCCAGGGCCAGCUGUCAGACUAUGGCUCCACCCUGAACAAUCUUCUGAGAGAAGCUACUGAGCAUUUUCUGCAGAGGGACCUGGACCUGUUGCAAGGAGCAGACAAGGUUCAGCUGCUGGCCAGUAGGUGUGAAAGCCUCAAGUUACCAGAACUCCUAGAGCGGCAAAUCUCCAAGCAGGUUCCCACUCUCCCCCCAUGUUACAUCGGCCUGCAGAACAUGAUCUCCAAAUUCCAGGUGGAUUUGACUCUGGAUCCUGACACUGCUCACCCCAGUCUCACCAUCUCCCCAGAUCGCAGAACUGCUCUGUAUAACUCUGGAAUUGGGAAACGCCCCUCUGUCCCUCACCCCCGGGCGUUCACCUCUCACCUUGCUGUCCUAGGAUCUCAGGGCUUUGACGCGGGCCGCCACUUCUGGCAAGUCAAAAUCCAAGGCUCAGGUGUGUGGUCCUUAGGUGUGUGCAAAGAAUCCUUCCCCAGAAAGAACCUUAUAAAGCAGAAUGUGAGCAAAGACUGCUGGAAAUUCCGACAGCCCACCUACCACACCCUGGAACACCAAAGCUCUUCCAGCCACAUUGGUGUCUUUCUGGACUUUGAAUUGGGACAGGUUUCCUUUUACAAUUUAAAUACUAGGUCCCACUUGUAUACGCUCACCGACACCUUUAAAGAAAAGCUUUGGCCCUAUUUCUUUGCCUCACCCACGUCCAUGAACUUCAGCAUGAAUCUUGUCCAAGAAGAAAGCUGA